AUGGGCAGUGUGGAGUACCUCGGCGUCGCCGCCUCCGACAGCACCCUCUUCAUCAACCCCGUCUACGGCAUCGUCACCAUCACGCCUAGCUGCUAUGGGGCUAAUCCCUUGGGGACUAGCAAGACAGGGCCCGUGUUCCACGUUGCGUAUGGGGGGCCUGGUGGAAUCUAUAUAUUGCGACCAGGCUGA